CCGCGCCGCUCCGGCCAUACCAGAGGCGAGCCCGAAGCUGCGCCCCGUUCCCCGCCGCCGCCGGGAGCCGCUGGGCUCAGGACAGCUCCGAGGGCCCCCUGAAGUGGCUCCUGUUCCUUCGGCCGGUGCCCCCUGAUCCAGGAUGGCCCCAGAUUUCCCAUUCCCAAGCCCUGGGAGGCUGCGAGGACGAGGAAGAUGCCCCGGGACACUGAGGCAGAGUAGGAGCUGAGCAUGGAGAGCAGGGAGGACAAAUCCCUGAGGCAGAACCUGGUGGAAGAGGCCGUUUUGAGCGGCUCCACGGUGCAGGAACCCAACGGGAAGGAAAAGCCCCAGAGAUCCUGCACGAGGAGGGGCUGUAAACCCAGAUGGGGGAAUCUGAGGGGGAAAGAUCCAGCCUGGAUCGCGAAGGCGGCCGGAGAUCGAGCCAGAGCUCAGAGCGGGUGCUCCAUGAGCAGCUCCAUGAUGGGGAGAAGGCCCACAAUUGCUUGGAGUGUGGGAAGAGCUACAGCCGGCGCCCAGACCUAAUCAGGCACCAGAAGACCCACACCGGGGAACGGCCCUAUGAAUGCGAUCAAUGCAGGAAGAGGUUUCAGACCAGCUCGAAUCUCCUCGUGCACCAGCGCACACACACAGAGGAGAGGCCCUUCCGCUGCCCCGACUGCGGGCAGGGCUUCAGGCGAAAUGCCCAUCUUGUCAGGCACCGACAAAUCCACACUGGGGAGAGGCCCCACGAGUGUGAGGAAUGUGGGAAGAGCUUCAGCCGGAGCUCCAACCUGAUCAGGCACCAGAGGACUCACAAUGGGGAGAGGCCCCAUGAGUGUGGGGAGUGUGGGAAGAGCUUCAGUCGGAUCUCCCACCUGAUCUGCCACCAGAGGACCCACACUGGGGAACGGCCCUAUGAGUGUGGGGAGUGUGGGAAGAGCUUCAGCCGGAACUCCACCCUGAUCCGCCACCAAACAAUCCACACUGGGGAGAGGCCCUAUGAGUGUUCCAAGUGUGGGAAGGGGUUUCGGAUCAAAUCCCAUCUCCUCCAGCACUUUCUAAGUCACACAGAGGAGAGGCCCUUCCACUGCCCUGACUGCUGGCAGGGAUUCAAGUACAGCUCCCACCUUGUUACCCACCGGCGCAUCCACACUGGGCAGAGGCCCUACGAGUGUCCCCAGUGUGGGAAGAGCUUUUUCAGGAACUGUGACUUGACCCAACACCAACGGAGGCACCUAUAAGGAAAGCCCUGCGAGUGCCCCGAGUGUGGGAAGAGUUUCGUGCGCUGCUCCAGCUCCAUACCCCACUGGAGGAGCCAUGUUAGACAGAGCCCUGGAGACCCACAUUCCAUGUGAUCCAUGCUGGGAACACACCUGGCUGCUUGUCCAUUGGUUUAGCCUCAGUUUUUUUCUCCAUCUGUCUGUACUCCAAAAGCCAAGAGGGAUCGAUCUUUCACCUCAAAACCACUCAAAUCCCACUGAAAAUAACUGAAUUUUAACCCAAAAUGGCUCAAUUCUACUUCAAAUUGCUUGUUCCCUCCUCACAAAAAGUCGUCCCAGGCCAAACUCACUCCAUUCCACAGCUGCCAGGCUGAGACGGAGUUGGGAGGAGACUGGGAGAAGUGGGAUCCCAGUUUGGAGCAGUGGGAUGGGGAUUGUGUGGGGCUGGCUAGGUGGGAUGUAUUUGAUAGCAAAUAAAACUUUCAGAGUUUCUGAUUUCUGUCCUGUUCAUUUUCAGUCAGUUCUAUUUGCAGAGUGCUGCCUUCUCAGAUGAUUCAAUUCCUAGAAGAAUCCCAAUUUUUAAAUCAUCUAACCCAAACAACCUAAAAACUAAUAUCCAAAUAAAACCACCCACACACAAUUCAAUUUUUUUAAAUAAUUUUAAUUUUUUCAGAGUACCUAAGGAUGUUAUUAAAGUUUAAUUGUUUGGUUAAAAUGUAUGAGAAAUUAUAGUGGUGUUUGGUUUUGUGUUCAGUAUAUUUGUAAUAUGAAUUGUUUUACUAAGGUAUGUUAGAUUGCAUGUUUUUUUUUUUUUUAGAUAUUUUUUAUCUGAAGUAUAUUAGCCAUCGAGUUAAAACUUUCAAAAGUUAUUUCUUGGUAUAUAAUUUGUUUAUAUAAAUUUAUUGGUAAUGUUAUAGUAAUAGUUAUUGCUGUUUUGGGUUGAAUCAUUAUUGGAGUAUUGUAAGUAAGAGUUGAAAUUACUAUAUUUCAUUUUCAUUAUAAUUAUUUCGUUUUAAUUAUUAUUUCUUUAUUUAUAAUUUCAUUCUAAUUUUUUGAGAUGAUAGGAAGGAAGUUCAAAGGCAAGAACAUUUUUUUCCUGGCUUGGAACUGGAAUUCCAGACUCUGGGAGUGUGUGCAGGACCACACAGACUGGGAUCAAAUAUGGACGGGGAUCAACUAUGGACUGGGAUCCUAUGGACAGGGACUACACAGAGUGGGACCAUAUGGAUCAGGACCACACAGACUGGGAUCAAAUAUGGACUGGGACCAUAUGGGCUGGGAUUCUAUGGACUAGGAUCCUACGGACUGGGAUUCUAGGGAAUGGGACCAUAUGGAUCAGGACCACACAGACUGGGAUCAUGGGAUCAACUGGACUGGGAUCAAAUAUGGGUUGGGAUCACAUGGACAGGGAUCACCUACCUGGACUGGGAUCCUGUGGAUCAGAACCCUCCAGACCAGGAUAGCCUGGAGUGGGAUCAAAUAUGGACUGGGACCAUAUGGGCUGGGGUCCUGUGGAUUGGGACCACACAGACUGGGAUAUACUGAACUGAGAUGAUAUGGACUGGGAUCACCUUGACUGGGAUCCUACGGACUGGGACCAUAUGGAUCAGGACCACGCAGACAGGGAUCAAUUUGUAUGGGAUCAAACAUGGGUUGGGACCAUUUUUUAAACUAACUUUGUUAUAUAGUUUUUAUUUCCAUUGUUAGUUAAGCUUAGUGAAAUAGCUGCUUGUGUUAAACUGCCUGCUGGGAUGGGAUAACAUCCAAUGCACACAGGAUGAGGACACCUGCACAGAUCUGCCAACUAUCAGCACUCCCUGUCUGAAGGCAGAGUGGACCAAGGCCCAAAACCUGGAGGUGAUAAAGAGAAGGAGCCAAAACCACAGCCAAGAAACACACAUGCUCUGAAAAGGCAGACCCAAGGAGGGGCCAUGUAAAAUCAUUCCUAGAAUAUGUAAACUAGUUUAUGAAUAUGCAUGAGGAUUUAUGAAUAUGCAACAGGCUGGUGUAAGGGAAAAGGUAUUUCAGGGGGAUCCCUGAAGGUAACAGGGUGCUCCUGGCUGACUGCCAAGAUGCACCCGGCCAUAAUAACCUUUGCUCCAUGGUCCUGGUCUCCCAUUGUCCUUUAUAUUAAAAUGGAUUUUAUAUCUGAGGUGUUAAAGUAA